CUUACAUACAAGAGAAAUGUUAAGCAAUCAUGGCUGCUGAGUUGUCGGGAAAUAAUUUUCUCGGGAGAAAAUUAAUUAUUUUGCUCUGUAUCUGCGUUGUAAAUGGACGAAAACAUCAUCUUGAUAUAAAGACUGAUGACCGGCAACAGUAUACUUUGAGCAGUUUUGGAUUCUUGAAGCAUGGAACACUUACUGUUAACGUCACCAAUUUUGUCUUUCCUCAGUCAUCAUCAACAGUUGAUAACACUACGUUUGGUUUUACCAUAGAUGUGAGCAGUAAUACAGGGGCCAGUGGAUAUAUGGAGGACUAUAAAGAGGGGUGUAUACUGAAGACAAAGGAUGAACAGGCAAUCAUCUUCUUCAGAAUGGACUUCAAGAAAGACAAGUUGUUCAUUGAAAGAAGAGGUGAAGACCUACAGAAUAUUAUUAUCAGUAACCAGACAAUUGAAUCCUUCUGGAAAACACAUAACAUGGCUCGUAGAGAGGCACGAAAGUCUGUGCCAUCUGCUCUCAGUGACACCUACCUGUUUAACGGACGAAAUGUAGGUGCAAGAGAAAGAAGGGCUAUUGUCAACAAAGAACCUGCACCAUUAGAAAAUCAGUUAGACAAAAAAGAUGAUUCCACAACAGAGGCACCAGAAACAACUACGGUUGCCAAGGCAACCACACCAGUAAGUGAGAAGAAGAAACCAAAGACUGCAACAACCAUAUCAUUACCUCUCAUUACUGAAAUACCCAUAAUACAGAAGAGCGAGAAGAGUGAAAUCUACUCGUUUUAUUUCCUGUUGGCUGUCACUGAAGAAGAGCAGGAAGGCAUGUAUACACUGAACUUCCACAACUGUGAAAAAGAGAAUGUUGUUUCAUAUUCCAUUGAUAUUGUAGAAGUAAAUGAGAAUGGGAACUACCUGUCUGCCAGCAUUAUGCCUUUACCUACACUCUACUUUGCCCUCAGUUUAGCAUACGUUGUCAUGGCCAUUGUGUGGAAUACAGUCCUGUGUAAGUCUAAAGAUACUGUCUACAAGAUGCACUACCUCAUGUUGGUCGUUGUCUUUGUCAAGAGUUUGUCCUGCUUAUUUCAUGCAAUAAACUACCAUUUUAUACAAAAGGAAGGCAUACAUGAGGAAGCAUGGGCAGUCCUGUUCUACAUAGCAUAUCUGACAAGAGGGGCCUUGCUGUUUGUUACAAUCAUUCUGAUUGGUGCAGGCUGGGCAUUCAUCAAACAUGUACUGUCUGAUAGAGAGAAGAAGCUUUUCCUUAUAGUCAUCCCUCUUCAGAUUCUUGACAACAUAGCCUGGAUAAUAGUGGAGGAGAGUGAGGAGGGAGAGUCACAGUAUACAACAUGGAAGGAGAUAUUCAUUCUCAUAGACCUGUUAUGUUGUGGAGCUAUCCUGUUCCCAGUUGUCUGGUCAAUACGACAUUUACAAGAGGCCUCCAGAGCUGAUGGCAAAGAAGAAUUUAGUUUAACCAAACUGAAAUUAUUUAGGCAGUUUUACAUAAUGAUUGUGUGUUAUAUAUAUUUCACAAGAAUUAUUGUGUAUUUAUUAAAGAUGACAGUUCCAUUUCAAUACGAGUGGUUGAAUGAGUUGUUCCGGGAGUUGGCGACAAUAUUGUUUUUCAUCAUAACGGGUUACAAGUUCAAACCUGCAGCUGACAAUCCAUAUCUACAGGUUCCGACGGAGGAUGAUGAGGAAAUGGAGAUGGAAGAAGUAAUUAUCGGUAAAUCAGCUUCACUGGACACGGUUAAGAAGGUGAACCAGGGUAACCGUGAUGAUACUAGCGGUCCAAAACUACGAGAGAGUAGCCACGAAUAUGACUGACAUAAAGUUCCUUCUCAUGGACAAUAGUAUAAUGUAAAGUUUUAAAAUGACCUACAGUGCUGUUUGAUUAUUGUAAAGUAGAAAAAAUAAGUAUGACAAAAUCUUGAUUUUGAAAUUUUUCAAAGAAUGAAAUACUUAUAUUUACAUCAGUUCUUUUCAGUUACAUCUUAUUCAGUUAGUAAUUGUAAUUUUACUAGUGAUUUCAUAUUGAAGGUACUUGUAUCUGACAAAUUAUGUGGAAAUUGAACAGUUUGUACUCAAUAGAUCAUAACUUACUAAUCUUAAAGUAUCAUUGUAUUUUGAAUGAAGCGGAAAGAGUCUUGUAGGAGAAUGUGUUGAUCACAGACAGUAUUAUUGAUGUCCUGUAUAAUUUUGAAAUUGGGUUGUUGUAUACCUUAACACUACUCAUUCUGAGACAGUGUAAAUUUUUUAUAUCAUCAUUUAUCUGUUAACUUUUAGUAUCAUUAUUUAUUUUUUCUCUAUGAAGUUUCCUUCAUUACUGAUGGUCAAGAGAUGUCACAUCGUGACCUGUUAUAUUCCAUAUCUUUACAGUGAAUUAUGGUAAAAGAUGUUUAAUAUUGUUUCAUUCAGUGUAGUGUAAAUGAAGCAGUAAACACUGACUUACAUCAGUUAUUCUAUGUAACCCCCAAAAAAAGAAAUCCUUCAGGUUUAAUUAUAGCAUUGAACUUCUUAGUCCAGGGACACAGUAUGAAAAUAAGCACACUGGCAUAUAGUCAGACUUGUGUUUAGCAGACAGUCAAGCAACUUACACAGUCUGGCUGCUUGAUUGAGACAAGUUGAAAGUCAAACCAAGUAGAGCACUUCAGUCAAAAGACAUCAUAAUUGAGCUGCACCAUGAGAAAACCAACAUAGUGGCUUUGCGACCAGCAUUGAUCCAGAUCAGCCUGCAUAGUCGCAUGGAUCCAGACAAGCCUGUGCAUCUGUGCAGUCUGGUCAGGAUCCAUGCUGUUCACUUUCAAAGCCUAUUGCAAUGAGAGAAAGUGUUAGCGAACAGGAUGGAUCCUGAACAGACUGCGCUGAUGCGCAGGCUGGUCUGGAUCCAUGCUGGUCGCAAAGCCACUAUGUUGAUUUUCCCAUGUGAGGGAGCAGACAAGAUAGAUUCUUUUAUUUCCUCCAAUUAUAAAGAGCAGAUAUAUUGAAGCAUUUUGUACAGGUUUUAUUUGGAGAUUUUAUUCAUGUUUAAAUGUUGUCAAGAUAUUUUAUUAUCUAUAAGAACACUGUUUCUACAUUUACACAUUUUCAACAAUUGUGCACUUAUUUAUAUUUUAUAUAGUUUAAAUAGAAGUGAAUUUUGCUAACAGAUAAACACACCUGUAUAAAUAGUACAAUCCUAGAGAAAAUGUUCUAGUCUAUUUCCUGUCAUUCAAUCAUUUCAUAGGUUUUUGUCAUUUGACAGUUUCUAUCAAUGACACUACAGAAACUUUAAGCAAAAUUGUUUUGUAUACCUUUUGAUGUAAUAUAUAUGGUAUAAGUGUU